GAGAGGACAGCAUGGAACCACGUCAACUUUUUCUGCUGCUCUUCAUAAGUGCUGAAAUCAACUUUGGAUCUACACAAGGGAAACCUUCAUUGAGUUCCAGCAGAGGGGAACAAGUGUUCAUAGGGACCUCAGUUACGUUGAGAUGUGACAUGGACCAGUCUACUGGAUGGACAUUCUACUGGUACAGACACACACAGACAACCGCUGUGACCUCUGUGGCCCAGACUGAUGGAAACUCCUACAACAUCAGCUCUGUUAAAGUCUCUGAUGGAGGACGGUAUUGGUGCAGAGCUGGGAGAGGAGACCCAGUCACACAGUACAGCAAUGAGGUGUGGGUUAAGGUCAUAGUGCGUCCUAAAGCAAUUGCAAGCAUCAUGCCCAACUGGACAGACAUCUUCAGUGGAAACAAGUUCACCCUGAGGUGUGACAUCCAGGGAGACCAACACAUGGACUGGCAGUACAGAUGGUAUAUGAACGGAACGGUCCAAUAUUCAGGGCAGAAUUACACUGUGUACAGUGCAGAUCAGUUCCACAGUGGUGACUACAGAUGCGAAGGGUUACUGAGUCGGGACCAACAGAAAUCAGAGAUCAGUGAAGCCAUCAGAAUUAUUGUAUCAGGUGGGUGA